AGGGUUUAGUUUGGCAUUAGGUUAAAGCCUUCGUGUGUCUAAGCCCAGAAGGACCUUAAGUUCACUCUCCCAGACUCAUUUCAUAUGAUUGGUGAGCAAGCUGUUGGAGAAAAUAAUGCUGCCUUCUAGGAAGCAGCACCAAGAAACUAAACUAUCUCCACAUACAUAUAAAGACAAUGCCAUCUUCUGAAAAUACUUUUAAGUUGAGGGGCAGCUUCCUGUUUUAUUUUCUUAGCUAGUGUGCUCAACAAGCAUUUAGCCUUUGGAAUGGGAUGUUUUCGGCAUUAAUGCCCUAAAGGAUGCAAGGGUGUGGAUUUGGGAUGUGCAUGUAGAACUGGGUUUUUUAAUUUCUCUUUGUGCUUUUUCUGGAAUAUGUGGUCAUUGUUGGUCCAUCAAGAUGGAUACCUGUGUGGGUCAGGAUGAAGCUCACUUUAAAAGACACUCGGAAUAACUUCAAGAAUCUUCCUGACCUUCUUAUUACAAUAUUAAGAUCCCCUUGGUCGUGUCUCAAGACACCAGGCUUCCCAAGUCCUGAGGUUAAGAACUCUGCAACCCCCCCCCCCCCAACCCCUCAAGGUUGUUCACCUGGGAUUCUGCGGCAUUUGGUUUUUGACGUGGGUCUGAGCCAACAAAGGCAGAGGCACAUACGCACACUCUUACACCCUUUUUCCCAGAGGAUCCACUCUUCUCCAUCCACCCCCAACCCCAACCUGUGCCUGCGUGUAGGCUUCCCCCGCUCUCCCCUUCCCCCCCGCCUCCCUCCACACACGCCCGGCUUCCCCGCCCGCAAUGGUAUCUCCUGCAUCUCCCCUUGGCGCGGCAGUGAGUAGUGCAGCCUGCAGAGCAUCUGGCUUGCCUCCUUCCUCUGGGUGGACCCAGCUCUGGGGGCUGACACUCAGCUGGGGAAGGUGAGAAGGGAGGGCGCUGCUUGGCUGGAGGGCACAGUCGGGCAGUUUUUUAAAAAAGCCCAGUCGAGCCCCGAACUAGGCAGGCGCAGGGAGGAGGGGAGGAGAGAGAGAGGGAGACAAAAGAGGCCGCUUUGGUCCCAGAACGUCGCAGAGCCGGAGCGCAGCUGGGCAGCGGCAGCGCGGCAGAGCUUGGGGCACCGGGCGCGGGGUACAAGGCAGCUCGAGGCGAACCGGGGUCCGUGGGGAGCCGAGCGAUGGGCCGGAGGGGUGGCCGCGCGCUCCUGGCUCUGGGCGCCGCGCUCAUUGCCUGCGCCUGGCUGCUGGGCUCCGCGGCCGCAGCCGGAGAGCCUGGGGCUGCGGGGAUGCGGCGACGGCGGCGGCUACACCAGGAAGACGGCAUCUCCUUUGAGUACCACCGCUACCCAGAGCUGCGGGAAGCACUGGUGUCCGUGUGGCUGCAGUGCCCAUCAGUCAGCAAGAUCUACACGGUGGGGCGCAGCUUCGAGGGCCGGGAUCUGCUGGUGAUCGAACUGUCCGACAACCCCGGGGAGCACGAGCCUGGUGAGCCUGAAUUCAAAUACAUUGGGAACAUGCAUGGUAAUGAGGCUGUUGGACGUGAAUUGCUCAUCUUCUUGGCCCAGUACCUGUGCAAUGAAUACCAGAAGGGGAAUGAGACAAUUAUCAACCUGAUCCACAACACUCGAAUUCACAUCAUGCCUUCAUUGAAUCCUGAUGGUUUUGAGAAAGCAGCAUCUCAGCCUGGCGAGCUUAAGGAUUGGUUUGUAGGUAGAAGCAAUGCCCAGGGAAUAGAUUUGAACCGAAAUUUCCCUGACCUGGAUAGAAUAGUCUAUGUUAAUGAAAGAGAAGGUGGGCCAAAUAACCACCUGUUGAAAAACCUGAAGAAAAUCGUGGACCAGAACACAAAGCUGGCUCCAGAGACCAAGGCUGUCAUUCACUGGAUCAUGGAUAUUCCCUUCGUGCUUUCAGCCAACCUUCAUGGAGGAGAUCUGGUUGCAAAUUAUCCAUAUGAUGAGACUCGAAGUGGUAGUGCUCAUGAAUACAGCCCUUGUCCUGAUGAUGCUACUUUCCAGAGCUUGGCUCGGGGCUACUCUUCCUUUAACCCAGCGAUGUCUGACCCCAACAGGCCACCUUGUCGAAAGAAUGAUGACGACAGUAGCUUUGUUGAUGGAACAACCAAUGGUGCUGCUUGGUAUAGUGUUCCAGGGGGCAUGCAGGACUUCAACUACCUUAGCAGCAACUGUUUUGAGAUCACAGUGGAGCUGAGCUGUGACAAGUUCCCUCCAGAGGAAACUUUGAAGAGCUAUUGGGAGGAUAACAAAAACUCGCUGAUCAAUUAUCUCGAGCAGAUUCACAGAGGAGUUAAAGGAUUUGUUCGAGAUCUUCAGGGUAAACCAAUUGCCAAUGCCACAAUUUCCGUGGAAGGAAUUGACCAUGAUAUCACUACUGCAAAGGAUGGUGAUUAUUGGAGACUGCUUGUACCUGGAAACUACAAACUCACAGCCUCAGCUCCAGGCUAUCUAGCAAUAACUAAAAAAGUGGCAGUUCCAUACAGUCCUGCUGUUGGGCUUAAUUUUGAAUUGGAGUCGUUGUCUGAAAGAAAAGAAGAGGAAAAAGAGGAGCUGAUGGAAUGGUGGAAAAUGAUGUCAGAAACUUUGAAUUUUUAAGGGAAAGCUUCUUCUGAUUUGCUGCUUUUAAUCUAUCACAUGUUAACUUAGUAUGAUGUAAUGUGGAGUCUAUUUUAGAUUUUGUGCAGUUAAAAUAUUUAACUUUGAUUUAUUUUUUUCAGCAAUCAUUUGAAUAUUAAUCAGUGUCACUUAAAAUAGAUUCUUAGGUAGAAAAAUAAGAACUCUUGAUUGAUUUCAUUCUGUUAUAUCCUGUUCACUUUUCCUGCAUGAAAGAUGCAGAAAAAAAUUAACAUGAUCUCAGCAGUCUGAGCUGCAAUGCAAUACUCUAUAUAUUAUUUACAAACCUGAACUUUCAGAAUAAUUCUGGCUUUUAAAAAAUUGGUAAGGCCCAGAUAACAUAAGUGUUUGGUGGUAUCUAUGAAUGAGGUCUGCUUCAUAUUAAUUCAUAUAGUGAAUGCUUUUGCAAAGGUGCAUAGGAACAGCUUGUUGUUGUAAGCCGUAUGUUGCAAGAGUUAAUAAAAUGUUGUUUGUUUACCAUGAUGACCAGCUAUAUAAACUUGCGCUUGUGAAUGCAUUUCUCUUAAGAUGGGAAAGUCUAUGUUUACGAAGCAUUUUUAUGAAAGGGACCGACAUUGAUCUAUUGUGUGUACAUAGGGGGACAAUGCAAUUUUAAUAUUCUGCCUGUUAAUGAUACUUCAAGACUGUGAAGUUUUUCUUGGUUGCUUAUUGACCCCAAAAUGGCAUUUUGAAUGAAUAAAUAAAAAACAAACAGACCACA